UUGGUUUGAUUUGGACCCUCCGAUAUUUUAUUAACCACGUGUUCCACAUCGGUGUAAAAAGGCAUCAGUGUAGAAAGGGAAGAUAAUGGGAGGCUUUUUAACAGGAGGGGAGCUGUGGAUGCUCUGACAAAAACACUUCCUCUUUACUCUCUCAACCUUGACACCCUCUCUGCGAUCAAUAUCAUGGCUGUUCUUCCCUAAAACGGCUUCGCCACUCCUUCCUACAGCUCUUUAAACCCCUGUCUCUCUCUCUCUCUGGGGAAGCGGCAAUGUCAAACAACAAAACCACCAACAGAAUAAUUCCAUGGGAAUCCUUACCCGAUGAGAUUCUUACCAAUAUUUUCGUUUUCCUACCCAUCAAAUCAAUAAUCAUCUGUACCUCAGUUUCAAAAGCAUGGAAAUCACUAAUCAAAAGCCCAACUUUCAUUUCCACCCAUCUCCACCACUCCCUCGACAAAAACCAAAACCUCCUCUUCAUCGGCCCCUGCUCAGAGAAUCAGAAAGAAUUUUGCGCAUUGCAUAACGAAGAUGAUGCUUAUUUCACUCAACACGCCAGGUUUGAUUUCCCUUAUAACAGAAAAUACAGUGUGGUGGGUACUUGUCACGGCCUGCUCCUCCUUUCCGAUGUUGGUAACAAUAGCUUCUGUCUUUGGAACCCGUGUGUUGGAAAGUUACUGAAACUUCCUUCACCCAAUUUCACCGACGCUACGCAUGGUAGGCUCCACGCCUCUAAUGGGUUUGGAUUUGAUCCCAAAACUAAAGAUUAUAAAGUGAUCAGGGUUGUGACUUUGCUGGAAAGUCUUGCCCUUGAAAAGACUCGAACCCAGGUUGAGAUUUACACACUCUCCACUGGUCAAUGGAGAAUGCUUAGGACUGAUUUGGCUCCCAUAUGCGGUGUAUAUUGGACUGACCCACAGAUAUUUAUCAACGGGGCUCUGCAUUGGGUUGCAUUUAGAGUUUGUGAUAAUAACCUUCAUAAUUUUGUUCUGGUUUUCGAUUUGGGUGACGAGGUUUUCCAUGAGAUACUCCUGCCAGAAUUUCCACGUCUGAUGUACGAUUCUGUUUCUGUAUAUAGGAAUUCCAUUGCCUUGUUUGAAAAGGAUAAUGGCUUUCUCCAUAUCUGGGCGAUGAAAGAGUAUGGUGUUGUGUCCUCGUGGACUAAAGUUUUAAGUUUACCUAGUUCUAGUCAACGUUUCUUUGGUUCAAGGGAUGAUAUACCGAGGGCACUAGGUUUUCGAAGGAAUGGUGAGGUUAUAUUAAAAGUGGAUGGAGGACGCCUCAUUUCGCUGGAUCUUGAGACUCGAGAGAUUAAGGAUCUAAGGAUUAUUGGAUGUAAGAAAACUAUUGUUGAUUAUUAUGUGGAGAGUCUAGUUUUGCUCGACAAAGCUGCCAACAGUGAAGAUACAUACUGAGGAAAUAGGGACAGAUCAGGGAAUAAGCGGAUUAUGGAUUGCUACAACAAAACUGUGUCAUCUAAAAGUGAAGCAACUUUCAUUUCACUUAGAGAACCGAUGAUGGCAAUCUAGAGAAAGGGACUCCAUAGUGCCAUUGUGCUGAUGCAGAAUAAAAACUUCUUGCAAAAGCUCCUUGAAGAUGAUUGCAUAAACUGGAGAUUGGAACCUGUUUUCAAAGUCAUAAGGGUAUUAAGGAGUGAGUUUGGUAAUGUACUUAAUUAUGUAGAUAGAGAAUAUUGGAAUGGGUUGUUGAAUUAGUUUAAUGUUGUUUCAGAUUAUAUUAAUAUAACCUGGGAGGGGCAUAGUUUGCUGUUGAUGUUUAUGUUGUUCUGAGACUCUGUACUUGUGCUCUACUUGUAUCCAAAAAUAUAUUAAUUACUUUUCUAAUGAACUUUAUGCAUAAAAAUAUUGUUGUUACCUUACUAUUCAUUCUUCAAUAAUGCCGAGAGCCCAGGUGCUUUUCUGUUGAUA